AUGUCGUUGGAGGAUGCCAAGGUGAGCCGAAUCCGCGCGCCGCGGAAGGACCUGCCGCAGUCACUCUGGAGGAGCCCUCAGAAGCGGCUCUUCUUGGCGCCGGCCAUCGAGCGCACCCUGCGGUCCCGCCAGGCCCUGCAGCCGCUGGCGGCGCGGUCCGUGCCCAGCCUGAGGCUGAAAACUCCAGAGCCGCCGGCUGACCUCUACAUCGACACCCUCACCAAGCCCAACGUGGAGUGCUGGAACCAGGAGCCUUGGCUGAACAUCCUCACGGAAAAGAACCGGGUGGAUAUUCCGUUCAACGAGAUCCGUGAGACCAGCCACGGCGAGGAAUACAUCCAGUGGUACGAGGACCAGCGCGCCCAGAAGCGCGCGGCCACUCCCAGCGGCCGGAAAGGGUCUCUGAAGCCCAUCUCGCACUGGCGGGCCGCGCUGGCGGAUUUCGCCCUGGGGUCCCUGCAGCCCAGCAAAGGCGAGUUCGCCUUGAUCCAGCAGCGCGCGCUGCUGCUGCGGCACUUGGAGACCAAGGCGCUGAACCCCGGCCUCGCCGCCCUCGCCGAGGCCGUGGCCUUCCGCUUCGGCGGCCAAGAGAAGGCGAGGCUGGGCCUCGCGAAGAUCUUCGGGGAGACGUUGUCCUUGCUGGACCUCGCGGUGCUGUGCUCGGCUUCUGACCUGGACCUAUCCCUGCUCUGUGGGGAAGACCUGGAUGUGGUGCUGGCGCAUUUGCUGCCCCCAGGCUGCCAAGGGGCGGACGUCAACAUUUUGCUGAGCCCGGGCUCGGAGGAGCUGGGCCGCCGUGCGCCUGUGGACUUCCAAAGGCUGCAGGCGAAGUGGUACCUACUGGGCGCUUUUCUAGGCCUCGCCAAAGGCGAGGCCGAAGCGUCGGAGAAGGAUAGGCUCAAUGCCCAGCUCAAGCAUUUGGAGCUGCGAUUGAAACCUUGGUUCUUCUACGCCAUCGAACCUGACUCUCCCGGACCCGGCGCUCGGGCCAUGUCCUCGGACGCUUUCGGGAAGUUCUUCGAGGACGCAAACGCGGUGGACGCGGCGUGGGCCAAAAAGUUGGACCCCGCAGCGGUCCAGGAGGCCUUCCAAAAGGCCUCAGAGGCCGCUGAAACGAGCCAAACCGCCUCCCAAACCUCGUUGCCGGACGGCGGUUCUGCGAAGGAGGGCCUUUGCUUCGAAUCCUUCAAGAGGGCUUUGAAGUUGCUGGCCACGGCAGUCGCCCCGUCGAUCGUGUCGGCCCUGUCCGACUGCUGA